AGACCCUCGCCUAAGGUAGUCUGAGUGGAGAAAGUAAUGAAGAUGGAAGGAGGUGAUGUUGAUGAAUUAUUGAGGAGAUUUAUGGACUAGCGAAGUGAUAGCCGUUUACUCGUCUUGUCGGAACGAUAGAGGACAGCGAUACCAGGAAAUUGACAGAUAGUAUGCCAGUAGAGGUGACUCCACUGCAGAUGAGGGAACAUGUUGGCUAUGGACCAAGGAGUGGUGGAGGAAUGGCUGUCAGAAUUUAAGACCCUUCCUGACAGUGCUGUGUCCAACUAUGCCGCCUCACUAAAAGACAAAGGUUGCCUGGUCCCCGCACUCUACAAGGUCAUCCGAGAGAACUACAGCGAUUUGCUGGAGCCAGUAUGUCACCAGUUGUUUGAGUUUUACCGGAGCGGUGAGCCGCAGCUGCAGCGUUUCACGCUACAGUUCCUGCCAGAGCUCCUGUGGAGCCUCCUGUCCGUCAGCGCAGCCAGAGACCCCCACACCUCCGGCUGCAUCGAGGCUCUGCUGCUGGGCAUUUACAACCUGGAAAUAGUUGAUAAAGAUGGACAAAGCAAAGUAUUAUCUUUCACCGUCCCUUCCCUCUCCAAACCGUCAGUGUACCAUGAGCCUUCAGCCAUCGGCUCCAUUGCCCUUACAGAAGGGGCUCUAGCCAAUCACGGGCUGAGCAGGGUUGUGUACAGCGGGCCGCACCUCCAGAGAGAGACCUUUACAGCACAAAACAGAUUUGAGGUGCUGACCUUCCUGCUGCUGUGCUACAAUGCUGCUCUCAGUUACAUGACCUCCACAUCCCUCCAGUCCCUCUGCCAGCUCAGCUCCAGGGUGUGUAUAUGCGGUUACCCACGGCAACAGAUGCGGCGCUACAAGGGCAUUAGCACACGACUGACAGUCACGUCAGAAUUCCUGGUUCAGCUCAUCACAGGGAUACACUACGCCUUGUGUAAUGGGGAAGUUGAACUGGGAUCCAAAGCACUGGAUGAUGUUCUGUAUCGGGCCCAGCUGGAGCUAUUCCCUGAAGCUCUGUUGGUGGGUAAUGCCAUCAAGUCGUCACUGCAUGGCGCAGCGCUGAAGAGCAACAACAAGGAGGGUGCACGGAGCAUCCAGGUAGAGAUCACACCGACCUCCUCAAGGAUCUCCCGAAAUGCUGUCACCUCCCUCUCCAUCAGGGGACACCGCUGGAAGAGACACGACGCAGUGGAUCUGGGUUCCCCGGAUGAGCUGAUGGAUAUUUCGGAGGUGGAUGAAGGGGUUUGGCCAGGCGGUGUGUGGCCUGACAUGACACCACCUACCAUCACUAUCAGCAACAGUGUCACCACGUUGAACCUGGGGGCCAAGGCCAUGAAGAAGUGUCGGCUGGGCGGGCGCACCAGCAAGGACAAGGACAAGGAUGCGGGCCCUCUAACAACGGGCCGGGCCGCCAGCGAGAACACAGAGCUGUCUGUCAAGCGACUGACCCUCACUUCGAGCCAAUCAGUGCCCAAGGCAGGAGCUCUCACCAGCUUGACACGCACCGCCAGCGCCGUCUUCUCCCGCUCUUUCGAGCAGGUGGCCAGCGGCAACGCCACUCCCUCCAGCAACCACACCGCCUCUGAAGCUGGCCGCUAUUCCUGCAGCCUGCAGGAGGAAGGGCUGGGGUACUUGAGUCCGGCGCCAAACCACACGCAGCGCUCUCCCAGCAUCAGUGUGCACCUUGGUUCUGACCUGUGAACCCUUUGUGACUUCUGACUACCUGAACCCUUGCCUCUGAUCUUGUGACCCUGUACCUGUGACCUGGAACUCCAAGCCAUGCCAACUGCAACAGACCACAAACAGAUGAACAGACACUCCUGCUGGUUCCCUUGUCACUCUGUUUUAACGUCUUUGACUCUGUGCUGUAAACCAGCCUGCCACCCCGCUCCAUUCAGACAUCCAGAGCUCCCUCCCUCCCAGCAGAGUCUCCUCCCGGCCUGAUGGAGGCGGGAUGUCAGGGAUGCCACCUCCAGUUUCAACUGUUUUUUGAAACUGGACUCUUUUUUUUUUUUUUUUUUUUACCAGUGCACUGUUGCCGUGAAGUCGUGCCAGGACAAAACUGCACAGAGCAGCCUGUCGUAAAUGGUUGCGCUUAAAACUCAUUACUAAAAAAAACUGUGUGGAAAAGUAUUUGGAAAGUAUUUUAAUUGGCGUUUGUUGCCCCUGCAUGGCUUUUCCAUACAUCCAUCCUGACCUUGCCCAGGUUUGAGGGCAGAUGUUGAGUAUGUGUGAGCAUGCUUGGGUGUGUGUACUGUAUGUGUGUAUGUGCAAUUGUUUUUUUAGAAUAAAGGCUGCUGAUUGAUUCAAUGAACAAGGUAUGAUUCUCCAAGAUCAAACAAGUGUUUCUACUCCUGUUUUAAAAAUAAUAGAUCCCCUACCGUAGCAAUACAAAUCUCUCCUAUCCUGUGUUUUCCAUCUCCCUGGAAGAUUACCCAAACUCCCUCCAUUGCCACAAGUUAUAGCUAUGCUUCUUCAAAGAAAAUCUGUAUUCUUCCCGUAAAACAUAAGGAAAAAUGACCUCUAAAUAAUCAAUCAGUGUGAUAAGAAUCUGUUCUUUAUGUUUACAACUGCACAGUAUUGUCAUUGUGAUGGAGAAGCAAUAUUUGUGUCCCUUCCUCUCUCUCCUUAAGCACUUUCCUCAAUUGCUGUGUAUUUGAUGGCAAAAACAAAACUCCAACUUUGACAAAAAAUGAGGAUGUUAUGACAAUUUGGGGGGGGAGUGAUGGGUGUGUAUGAUUUUAGAUAUUGAAUUUUGCACUUGAAAGAGCAAACGAGUUGUGUUCUCAACUUUGGUAUUUUCUUAUGACGAACAAGAGAGGUUCGACUCUCAACUGUGGUAAUUUCCUGUGAGAACGGAUCUCUUCGACUCGCACAUCUAGCCAUUGGUUAAAAAAAAACAAAAAAAAGCUUAAAACCACACAGACUUGAAGUCCAUCUACUUGCAAAGAGGUAAAAGAAUGUGAUAGCGAAACUGUAACUGAACUUAUUGCUGUGCGUUCUGCAGUAAGAAGGCGUGCGGGCCAACAAGGCAUCUUGAUCCACCCACCAUUCCAGCAGUUUGUAGUACUUUGGUGAUGUGUUUCCUGUGUCCCUCUUCGUUGCUCACAUCAUCACCUCACAUGACAUGGUGAUAUUCUCCUCUACCAAAAAAGGAAUUGAACUCCACCCGUCUGCUACAUUUGAUGUCCUAAAAUCAAGCAUUCUUGCUGUCCUGCCCUCAAGCAAAAGUGUGUUCUGUUGUUUGUGUACUAGAACUGUUGAGUGUCCAUACAGUAGCUUGGUGGGACAACAACAAUCAUCGUGUUUCUGUAUGUGGGGUUUACAGAGUGUGAAUGGGUAAGCUCUUGUUGUUCAUCACACUGUUGUACUAAAGUUGGUUUAUAUUGGCCUUUCUAUGUCUGAAGAUAACUCACUGCUACAACUUCUGGGAAUAAAGUGUUUCUAUAUUUCA